AACACAAAACAGACCCAUGUUGAAAAAGAACCAAGUCAAAAGAGAAGGAGAGCUCACCAAAACUCAUCUACUGUUUCUUGAGUCUUGACUACUGGAACUAGUUUAUUUAUUACCCCCCUCCUUCCUCAUCUCCAUUUGCAUGUUCCUUCUUUACCCUACGCGUCUUUCUAAACUUAUAUAGACACAGAUACUUACACAUUCGACUACCUCAUCCAUUAUUCACUUCAUUUAUUAUUAUUUAAGUUUCAAGAAACUGUUUGAUUGAUAAACUGCAAAAACCCAUUAUCCAGUUUUUAUUCAAGGAAGAAUCAUGAGUUGCUUUGGCUGUUGCUCAGAAGAUAGUAUGCAGAAGACUGCGGAUAACGGACCUUAUAUGACGAAUCACGCAGCAGGUAACAAUGGAGCUUAUCGUGCCAGAGAGACAGUACCAAAAGACACACAGACUAUUGCCGUUCAACCUAUAAAUGUCUCUGCACUCCAAGUGGAUGAAUUGAAAGAUAUUACAGAUAAUUUUGGUACAAAGGCUUUAAUUGGCGAGGGAUCUUAUGGAAGAGUGUAUCAUGGCAUACUGAAAACUGGGCAGGCUGCAGCAAUAAAGAAAUUAGACUCUAGUAAGCAACCAGACCAUGAGUUUUUGGCACAGGUUUCUAUGGUAUCAAGGCUGAAACAUGAUAAUGUUGUUGAGCUACUUGGUUAUUGUGUGGAUGGUGGUCUUCGUGUCCUUGCCUAUGAGUAUGCUUCAAAUGGAUCCCUUCAUGAUAUUCUUCAUGGAAGAAAGGGUGUCAAGGGUGCUCAGCCAGGUCCAGUUUUGUCAUGGUCCCAAAGAGUUAAAAUUGCUGUUGGGGCAGCAAAGGGACUUGAAUAUUUACAUGAAAAGGCACAACCUCACAUUAUUCACCGAGACAUUAAGUCCAGCAAUGUUUUACUUUUUGAUGAUGAUGUGGCUAAGGUUGCAGACUUUGAUCUGUCAAAUCAAGCACCUGACAUGGCAGCACGUCUUCACUCCACUCGUGUUCUAGGAACUUUUGGUUAUCAUGCUCCUGAAUAUGCAAUGACUGGACAGCUGAGCUCAAAGAGUGAUGUAUACAGCUUUGGUGUGGUCUUAUUGGAACUCUUGACUGGGCGUAAACCUGUAGAUCAUACACUACCACGAGGACAGCAGAGUCUAGUGACAUGGGCGACUCCAAGACUCAGCGAAGACAAGGUUAAGCAGUGUGUUGAUACUCGACUAAAUGGAGAAUACCCACCCAAGGCAGUUGCUAAGAUGGCUGCAGUUGCUGCCUUGUGCGUACAAUAUGAAGCUGAUUUCCGGCCAAACAUGAGUAUUGUUGUGAAGGCUCUUCAACCAUUAUUAAAUACUCGAUCCGGGCCUCCCAGUGAAUCACAUCACUAGUAAAUCCAUCCCUGUACUGACUAUGUCCUGCAUCUUCACUUGGGCUUGUUCGUGUAUUGGGGUACUUCUUCGGUACCCCUCUAUGAUGAGAAAAUACUAUAUUUGUUUUAUUCUUUUCGGUGCAAUGCACAGAACCAAUAUACAUGUGAACUAAGAGCGGUAAUGCUGUUAUAUUCUUUCUUCUUCUUUUCCUAGAAUUAAAUAAUUCUUUGCUAUGGAAUAUUCAAAUGGAAUUGUAUGGUACAACACACAUUAUUAGCCAAAUGUAUAUUUUUAUCUUUACAAUAGAAAGAGUAUAAUUAGUUGGGUUGUGUA